AUGAAUACCAAACUCUUCAGGUCGAAAAACCUGAUGGAUCAUGUUUUCACAAAGCUUGAAUCAUAUGCUCUUACACUAGAGACUGAAGUGGCCGAUCGGACCAAAGAAUUGCUAGAGGAGAAGAAGAAGAGUGAUAUUCUGCUCAGUAGGAUGUUGCCAAGACAAAUCACUGAGAAGCUGAAAAUUGGACAUUCUAUAGAACCAGAGAUGUACGAAAGCGCAACGGUAUUCUUUUCUGACGUCGUCUCAUUUACAACAAUAGCAGCACGAGGAACGCCUAUGAACGUAAUCAAUCUUCUCAAUGACCUCUACACACUAUUUGACAGUAUCAUUGACAGACAUGAUGUAUAUAAGGUCGAAACAAUUGGCGAUGCUUAUCUUUGUGUUAGCGGAGUACCUAAUCGAAAUGGAAAUGAACAUGUGAAGGAAAUCUGCAGCAUGUCCCUGGGAUUUAUGGAAAGCCUCAUUGACUUCUACAUUCCUCACCUGCCCGGCGAGAAGCUCAGUUUGCGCGUAGGGAUACACACUGCUGGAAUGGUACAUCUAUCAGCUGAUGCAAAUCGGUUGCUACAGGAAGUGGGAGGAUAUCAAACAGAACUCAGAGGAGAUGUGAUAAUCAAGGGAAAAGGCGUCCUGCAAACAUACUGGCUGAAAUGCCGAUCGGAAGAUGGACUAGGGCCGUCGAGUUCGAUCAACAAAGACCAUGUCGCUACCACAAAAGACAAACGUCGUUCAAACCCUGGAAAACUAUAUCUCUGA